GUAAGCGCGAAGGCCUUCGGGCGGAUCGAAUUUGUCUUUGCGGCCGUCGCGAGCUCCGCCGAGAUGACGCAGGACGUCGAAAUGAAGGACCACCCGACGCCGUCGCACUCCGUCUCUUCGGCCGUGCCCUCGACCCUGCAGCAUUUGAAGGAGAUCGCUUCGCUGAUCGAGACUGGCUCCUACGCCAAGGAGGUCCGCCGAAUCGCUCGCGCCGUGCGCCUCACGAUCGCUUUCCGCAAGAAGCUGACCGCGCCGGUGCUCACCGCGUUCCUCGAUUAUGCCCUGGGGCCGGGUUCUGAAGCACGGUCCCGGUUGUCUGUCUAUCUCCCCAAGGAAGAUGAACAUGACAUGGAAGUCGAUACCGCGUCAUCGGCUAAUCAGGCUCCUGUGAAGCAUGUGUUGCCUGAGCUUGAGAUCUACUGCUACUUGCUUGUGCUGCUUUUUCUAAUUGAUCAGAAACGCUACAACGAGGCUAAAGCUUGUUCCUCUGCUAGCAUCGUUCGGCUGAAGAAUUUAAACAGGAGAACCAUUGAUGUGUUAGCUUCCAGAUUGUACUUUUACUACUCGUACUGCUAUGAGAUUACUGGUGAUCUUGCAGAAAUUCGGGGGAACCUUCUUGCUUUGCAUCGAAUUGCAACAUUGCGCCAUGAUGAGCUGGGGCAGGAAACUCUUCUCAACCUAUUACUUCGUAACUAUCUCCAUUACAAUCUUUACGAUCAGGCAGAGAAGCUGCGUUCUAAGGCACCAAGGUUUGAAGCGCAUUCAAACCAGCAGUUUUGUCGCUAUCUUUUUUACCUUGGGAAAAUACGUACAAUUCAGUUGGAGUACACCGAUGCAAAAGAGGCUCUCCAACAGGCUGCUCGGAAAGCGCCAAUUUCAGCUCGAGGAUUUCGAAUCCAGUGUAACAAGUGGUCUGUUUUAGUCCGUUUGUUGCUUGGUGAAAUACCAGAGAGGACUAUCUUUAUGCAGAAAGGGAUGGAAAAGGCUUUGAGGCCGUACUUUGAACUGACCAAUGCUGUUCGGAUUGGUGAUCUGGAGCUCUUUAGGGCAGUUGCAGAGAAGUUUGCUGCAACUUUUAACACAGACCGAACCCACAAUCUGAUUGUACGACUGAGGCAUAAUGUCAUCAGGACUGGUCUACGCAAUAUUAGCAUCUCUUAUUCUCGAAUCUCUCUUGAGGAUGUAGCCAAAAAGCUGCGUCUGGAUUCAGCAAACCCUGUGGCAGAUGCAGAGAGCAUUGUGUCCAAGGCCAUCCGCGAUGGAGCGAUUGAUGCCACUUUGGACCACACUAAUCGGUGCAUGGUAUCAAAGGAGACUGGAGACAUUUACUCCACAAAUGAGCCUCAGAUGGCAUUUAACUCUCGGAUUGCAUUUUGUCUCAACAUGCACAAUGAAGCUGUCAGGGCCUUGCGGUUUCCACCAAACACACAUAAGGAGAAGGAGAGUGCAGAGAAGAGGCGCGAGAGGCAGCAGCAGGAGCAGGAGCUUGCCAAGCAUAUUGCCGAGGAGGAAGAUGAUGACUUUUGAACAGGAUGAUGUUUCUUGGUGCUUUUCUGUUGGGGCGAGCUUCAUUUAUCUGCUCUUGAAGUCUUUAGUUCAUGUGGUGAUGUGCUUUUGGGAAUACUCUCUGUACUCUGCUAGAAACAUUGUUCGCAUUAUGUUCUUUCAUUCCUUGAAAGCAGGAGCAAACUAUGGUGCGAAUACUCGGAGGGAAAGGAGGUAGGAAAAACUAGGUAGCUUGAUGGUGGAGCUAGAAUGCUUGAAUUGGCACUUUAUUGGAUUCAUCACUCUGCGUUACUUUAACAACCUUAUGUUCUGUCGUCUUACGUUUUUUUAUCGGUUCCUUUUCUUGACAACUUACCAAGACGUUUCUGUAUUUUUAUGGCAUACGUGAUUGGAACCUUUUUAAUC